AUGUCGGACUACACGUCUAAUCCAUCCAGCUCACGGCCGGGAAGCCCAGUUGGAUCUCUUCGGGAUGUUCCAACUUCUAGAAAGCCCGCAGCCCCUUUUCGCUUUCAAUGGGAUGCUGCUACACGCAAGCCGGGGCCGGGUAGCGUGUUCUCCGAGGCGAACACAGACGGCCGCGGAGACUACUUCACAGCAACACCGCGAGUGGACAUAUAUGGCGCAUCCACAUCUUCGGCAAACAUUGCGUUAACAUUAGUACCGGACGAAUGGAGUAGCUCGAAGCAUGGGUUCAACGCAAUCUCAACGGUGGUGAACAAUCCCCAUAAGAAGUCGGCACCGCCCAAAGCGCACGCGGCCGUGCCAGCCGUACCACCUGCCGAGCUGCCACGCGUACGGAGGAAGGACUUCGACGCCUACUUGCGCGCAGUCGGACCGGAGUGGGAUCGGUUUCAUAGGAACGUAGAGUUGGGGAGGUCUGGGGCGGCGCGUAUUGGAGAGAGCACAUCAGGGAGCUCUGGAGAGGGCGACUUGGAUCUACAGUCGGAAACCUCACGACAUGCACGACCCGGACGUGCGCUGCCGCCAUUAACAUCCGUUCCCGACAUAUUCUUUGAAUCUGGGUUCAAUUUGGGCGACCCUCGGACAUUCAACGCUGUCGCAGACGUGAUACCCCCCGACAAUGGUGAUGUGCCAGACCCUGCUUCCCCGGCACACUCGCAGCCGCUACUUGAACGCCUCUCACGACACGCGGAUACGCUAGAACAGCAUCUCGUUCACGAGAUUGCACGACGCGCCGCGCCGUUCUUUGCAGCACUAUCGAACUUGCAGGACCUGCAAGCAGAGAGUGCGCAAUGUUUAGCGCGCAUCCAGUCACUACGAAACCAGCUUCGGGCCGUCGACACUCAGGGCUCGGCACGUGGCCUCCGGGGUGUGGCACGAGAAGCGCGUCUUUCGAACCUACUAUCGGUGCAGGAAGGGACCAGGGCCAUAGGCGGGGUCAUCGAGAUGACGGGACUUGUCCGCAACUUCGUUGGUGCCGGCCAAUGGGGAGAGGCUCUCGAUGUGGUCGAUACCCUUCACGUUAUGUGGGAUGGCGCGGCGCCUCCAGCUCGACCGGAUCCUCCGCCACAUACCGCUUCCCACGAUUUAGGCUUCUCCUCGUCGGGUACACCUCUCACAUCCGUUGCCGAGGAUGAGGAGGAACACCAACAGCCAGUGGCUUCCAGUUCCAGCUCUGCACCACCACCGACCUUCCCUCUCUCGGCAUUGUCCGCUUUCGCAUCGUUACCGGAGCAACUGCACCAACUCACAGCGGAGAUUGCCUCGGCGCUUACCACGGACAUGGUCGCCGUUCUGAGAGUGGACCUUGUAGAGCGCAUCCACCGGACAGGGAAGGAGGCACCUAUAGACGCAGACGCAACAUUGCGUGAUCGUCUACGACCGCUGGUGAAUGGAGUCGUACGAACACUAAGUGUCCGCGAAACGCUGAAGGGCUGGAGGGAUGCUGCAUUGGGAGAGAUGAAGGGUGUUAUCAAGCAUCAUGUCCGCUCUUUUGAGCUGGAAGACGACGAUUCCAAGCAGCCUACAGAUCCACCAUGGGCUAGUGAUCUACGCUCCAUGAGUCACCAGGACUUCCUGGCACUACUACGCGCAAUCUAUCGGGAUUUCCUAUCUGGCCUGGAGGGCAUGCAGGCUCUGAACGAUGCACUCGUGGAGGUCAUUGAUCGCGUUAGGUCCGACAGGGCACCAGUGGACAUGAACGCUGUGCGCGAGGAGAUGUUCGAUACACUAGCGUCUGCUGCAGAGCUGGCGAAUACCCUUACUUCGCGGGUUCUAUCUGUACGCACCGAGCAAAACGCAAAGCUAGAACUCGUAGAGUUUGCAGAGCUCUUCCGUGAGACUUGGAACUUCUUCGUGCGAUGCGAGGUCGUAUGUCGCAGGAUGAUUGUCAGCUUGCGCGGUGUCAUUAGCAGUCAGGCGAAGUCCUUCCUCCAGUCAUUCCACCAGACACGGAUAUCCCAGUCGGCGAAGCUAGUCGAGGACGAGCAAUGGCAACAGGCGGAGGUGACGCCCGAACUCCAGCGAAUAGCCAACCUCAUCGUCGAUGCGGCCGUCCGAGACCCGGCAGACUUCAUACUCGAACUAUCACCGACGGUUGCGCCUCCGACGUCACCACUACCCACCCGAGCUAUGCUCUCACCUCCAUCACAACCAACACCAAGAGGCCUUACGCCCCCUUCGUCGCCACGCGUGAGAGCGAACGGCACCUCCAACACCAAGCACAUCCGCAUCGAGGAUCGGGCAUACUUCGCCGUCUCUGCGACACAGCAAACGUUGCUUGCUUUAAUAGAUUACCUGAAGGUCAUCAUCAACCUCCAGACGCUAACUACGGAUACGAUGAGUCGAGUGAUCGAGUUCCUCAAGGCGUUCAACUCGCGAACGUGCCAGGUGGUACUCGGCGCGGGAGCCAUGCGCAGUGCUGGUCUCAAGAACAUUACAGCAAAGCACCUGGCGUUGGCCUCGCAGUCGUUGAGCAUUAUGAUCGCUCUCAUUCCCUACGUACGGGAGACAUUCAGGCGGCAUCUCAACCCGAAGCAGGCGGUAAUGCUCGUGGAGUUCGACAAGCUCAAGCGCGACUACCAGGAACACCAGAACGAAAUUCACUCGAAACUCGUGGCGAUCAUGGGUGACCGCCUCGCCGCGCAUAUCAAGGCUCUACAGGCCGUCAAGUGGGAAUCAGUAACCGCGGGAGGUCAAGACCCAAACGACUACAUGAAGCUGCUCGUGAAGGAGACGGUUACGCUCCACAAGGUCCUUUCGCGCUAUCUCGCCAGCGCAGUCGUCGAAUUCGUGAUGUCGCAAGUGUUUGCUGCAAUUAAUCAUAGGCUUUCGGAGGAGUACACGCGCAUCGAGCUACCCAGCCGUGAGGCGAAAGAACGGCUACUCGCGGACGCUCGGUACCUCAAGCAGAACUUCUCCGUGCUGAAGUCAGUUGGCGGCGUACCGACGGGCAUGUUGGAGAUGGUUGUGUCUGAGAAGCGUCUUCCGGGCGACGCUAUCCCAGCAUCGCCGCUUCCCAUGCCCGCGACCAACAUCUCGCUCGCUUCUCCGAAACCUAUUCCGCAGAAGCGCGCGUCACUGUUCGCGGGUGAUAGGAUACGCGGCAUGCUCUCCCGAAGCCCGACCCUACCAACUUUCGCGUCUUCCGAGACGCAACUUCCUCCGUCCACCUCGCCUCAGCCACCUGCAUCUCCACAACCGCCCGCUUCCCCUCAGCCUCCGCCAAUCACAACUGGCAGUCCCGCGCAGAACGGCUUACUAGGUGCGACCCUUGGAGACGACAGUGCCACAAGUCUUGCGAGUACAAGUACACCGCCACCUGCUCCGUUCCUGAUGUCGCCGCCGAAGGAGAAGAAGGUCGGGUUCAGGCAGGUGCCGGUGGCCGAAGAAGAGUCCCCAACCGCCAAUGGAGACGAUGGUCCUGCACCUCCGACGCCAGCGAAGGAUACCGUCUCGCCUCGAACAGUCUUGUCAGUUAAUUCCAGUAAUGGAGGUCCUGAAGAUGCGUCGAUGGCGGUAUCACCUGUCGCAACGUCGCCUGCGGGUACGAUCACUGAUCAGACGCCGCCGACAAACGGGCAUGCAACGCAGAACGCAGAGCAGACGAGUUUGGAAUGA